CUUGCCGUGUUCAAAAUGCGUCAUUGCUAGUCUGGGUACUUACAGAAGAGGUUGACCUACGUACGAGGAGAGAUUUCGCCCGCUUAUAUUUUCCACAAUGGUGAAAUUAACGUUCAAUGCUGCUCUUGGACAAAAGGACCUGAAGAAAGAUGGGAAAGAGGAGGCACUGAUCCCUACCGAUUGUGAUGUUGAGGAGGGUGUGCGUGUCCGUCAGCAGUCCCGAGCCUGGUGCUGGUGCAUGUGUCUGGGCCUGGCUCUGCUGCUCUCCGGGGUGGUUGUCGGCGGAGCGUACCUGUUCAAGUACUACCAUGCGGAGGUAGGGCGCAUGGAUAAUAAUUUCCAAAUAAAAGCCCAUCUGAAUGUGGGAGGAGGUGGUGGUGAUGAGUAUGAUUAUCUCCAUGAGGAGGGCCCUGUGUACUUCUGCGGAGUGGACUACAUGGAGGAGGACUACAUGAUCCCGGAGGAGGAGGUGGCCAUCCCCGAGGACCUGCCGUCUCAGCUGCGCCGUAUCCAGGAGACCGUGCGCUUCCUGGAGGACGACGAGGUGGAGUUCAUUAACGUGCCCGUGCCCGAGUUCAGCAACAGUGACCCCGCCGACAUCGUCCACGACUUCAACAGGCGCCUGACUGCCUAUCUGGACCUCAACCUGAACAAAUGCUAUGUGAUCCCUCUCAACACCUCCAUCGUCAUGCCACCCAAAGACUUCCUGGAGCUGCUUGUCAACAUUAAGGCGGGAACCUAUCUGCCCCAGUCCUACUUGGUGCAUGAACAGAUGAUCGUGACUGAGAGGCUGGACAACGUGGAGCAGCUGGGCUACUUCAUCUACAGCCUGUGCAAAGGCAAGGACACCUACAAGCUGCAGAGGAGAGAUACUGUGAUUGGCAUGCAGAAGCGCGAAGCCCUCGACUGCUUCAAGAUCCGCCACUUCGAGAACAAGUUUGUGGUGGAAACCCAGAUCUGCACCCCGUAAAAGCGGAGACGACAGGCGGCACCGCUGCCAAACAGAAACCACUUUCUGCUCAGUUCCACUCGAGUGCAGUGAAAUUACAAUAUUUUAGCCCCUCUUUCCUUUAGAGCUGUUCCUGUUUCCUGUCUGGUGGUGGUCCGAGUUAUUGUUAUUUUUUUUGUUUCGCAUUUUUCUGUGCCGCGACAGCAGCAGCCAGUAGCCAGCGUGAGCCAGGGGAGGGGUUGUGUCCAAGUAUGUAGAAGACGCUUUGUCUCCCUCUUUUCCAUCUCUUAGCAAUAUUAAAGCAAAGGACAAAAAGUUGUUUUCUGACAUUUUUUUUUAUGUUUAAAAAAAAAAGUAAUCUUUUCUCGAGUGAAACGUUGUCCAUGCUUUUUGGAUGUUUUUAAAAUGUAAAAAGAACUCCUUUUGCCCAAAGCUACACUGGUGUGGAAAGAGAGAAUGAAAGUAUGAUGAAAGAUUCGACAAUAACACAUUCAGUAACUUAAAAACAGGCCUUUUCCCAAGUGUAUUUUUUUGGCAAGUAAUAAGAAAAGCGCUUGGUCUGUGAUAAAAUCUAAACUGUGAAGCUUCCUCACAGCUGACCUCACCAUAUGACUUACUGGAAAAAUUACUGGCUUAUUGAAAGCGUAUGAAAUAUAGCCACUCAUGAACAUAUUAAAUACUUGCAUAGAGAAUGAGUUUUUGUACUAGUGACACUUGGUAUCAAGAUGACGUAGUUUAGGGCAAUCUUUUUUUACAGUUCUAUCUGCUGUAUGUAUUAAUACACUGCACAAUGCUAUGUUUGUUUCCUUAACAGAAAUCAAGCGAGAGCACGUUCUCUUGAAACAGAGGACUUUUGAAAAUUGCUUAACAAAUCCCAAUGUCUAGAUAUUUAAACAAAUUUAUAUGUAGAGAAGCACAUUUGUAAACAAAUAUCAGACUGUUGCAAUAUUUAAUGUUAAAAAUCUUAAAUUCAGUUUUGUAAUAAGAUGAGCAUUAUGGGUUUUCUCUUAAGGAUAUACAUCAUACAGAGGUCUGGUAACUGAAAAAUCUGUUAUACUAACCUGUGUACAGUAUAGCCUCUGUGUGAAUGAGACUAACAGCACAAUUAAAGCACCAAUGUUUAAAGUGAA